AUGAUGGCUAAGAAGCCCCCAAAACCAGCCCCUCGCAGGAUCUUCCAAGAAAGGUCAAAGAUUACUGCUCUACCCUUGUACUUUGAAGGUUUUUUAUUAGUCAAGCGGUCAGAAUACCAGGAUUAUAAACAUUACUGGACAGAGCUGAGAGGAACUACACUUUUCUUUUAUAACGACAAAAAAAGUACAACAUAUGUUGACAAGUUAGACAUAAUAGACCUCACACGCCUUACUGACCAGAAUUCAACUGAAAAGAAUUGUGCAAAAUUCACCCUUGUUUUGCCAAAAGAGGAAGUGCAAUUGAAGACAGAGAGCACAGAAAGUGGGGAAGAAUGGAGAGGCUUCAUUCUCACAAUAACAGAGCUGUCAGUUCCUCUACAUAUGUCACUCCUUCCUGGACAAGUAAUUAGACUGCAUGAAGUCUUAGAGAGAGAAAAGAAAAGGAGGAUUGAGACAGAGUGGACACCGAGUUCAUUUCCGGAAAAAGGGAAGGAACCAAUUGAAGAUUAUGUGGAUGUAUUGAACCCUAUGCCAGCAUGUUUUUAUACAGUGUCCCGGAAGGAAGCAACAGAGAUGCUUGAGAAGAACCCUUCCUUGGGAAAUAUGAUCCUGAGGCCUGGUAGUGACAGCAGAAACUAUUCUAUCACCAUCCGGCAGGAGACAGCCCUGCCAAGAAUCAAGCACUACAAAGUGAUGAGUGUAGGAAAAAACUACACUAUUGAAUUGGAAAAACCUGUAACACUCCCAAAUCUUUUCAGCGUCAUUGAUUAUUUCAUGAAGGAGACUCGAGGAAAUUUACGACCAUUUAUAUAUUCAACUGAUGAAACCCUUGGCCUAGAACCCACCACAGAAGGGAGAAGAGAGAGGUUGAAGAAAAAUCUACAUAUUGCAUAA